AAGGAACAAACAACGGCGCGCUAAAGAUCUGCUUCCUUCAAUUCUUCUUCAGUGCUCCAUCUUCGCCUUUUCCACACUCCCUCCUUCACGGGGCACUAUGUCUUUUCUGACAGCACAUUUUUGUCUCCACUGAAGAACAAAACCAACGCCCGGGUUCCUCUGUUUGGCUUUUCUAAACACUUGUUGCUCUGUUUCUUCCAUGAACUCUGCGCCUUUCUUCUGUCUUGCAUGCUUGUCCAUCUUGCCUCACUGGAACUCUUCUCUUGUUCAUGGGCAUCUCCCUUUUCGGCUUUUAACCACAUGGGUUAGUUUAUCUGGAUUCUAUUGUCAUGGAUUCUUCUUUCAAUUUCUGUUCUGGGCUCUGUCCUUCAUCCUCUUCUCAAACUGUGGUGGUUCUGCUUUUUAUGCUUUCUAAUUCUAUGCUGUUAAGCUUGACUUGUUUGGUAACACUGCGAGCAUAGGGCUGUUUUUCACAUUUUUGCUGUUGAUAGCUCGUGAUCGUUUCUUUGUUAGCAUCUAGGGUUUAUCUUGGGGAUUUUCUCGAUUCAUUGAAGAAUAAUUUCGAUAUUUUGGGUUUGAAGGAUUUUGUUUUCCCUUCUGAAUUUCCAAUCUCAGGGUCGUUUCGAUAUUCAGAGUUAGGUUUAUUGUCUGUUGGUUUAUUAUCCAUUCGAGGCCCUCGCUAUUUCUUAUGAUUGGCUGGCUCUUUUGAGAGUUUGGGAAGUCCAAAAUCUCAGGUUUUCCUGUCAAGGUUUUGCGAAGCUGUGUUCUUACAGGGCGGGAACUGCGUUGUUGAGUCACUAUUCGAUUUAGAUUCAUUCCAGCUGAAGGGAAUUGGCAUCUUUUGGAUAUAGAAGUCAAUAAUUAGCUGGUCGUGCUGAAGCUUGCCAGAAUUCUAUUAAGUGUUAAUGGAGAAUUCAUCUGAAGCGCUUGGCUCGAAAGGCUUGCUUAAAAAAGUUGAAUUUGUGAGGAUCAUCAUUCAGUGCCUAUAUGCAUUAGGGUAUAGUAAGUCAGCAUCACGCUUGGAAUCGGAAUCUGGUAUUGCACUCAAGUCUGCAGAAUUUCAAUUGCUUGAAUCACAAAUACUUAAGGGGGAUUGGGAUGGUUGCGUCACCACUCUUAAUUUACUGAAGGAUAUGAUUGACGAAACUAGAGAGUCCGCUCUGUUUCUUGUAUUCAGACAGUGUCUUCUGGAGUAUCUGAGCUGUGGCCAAGAUUCCUCAGCUUUGAAUGUGUUGAGGAAAAAGGUGGCUGCAUUACACGUGGACAAAUGCAAGAUUCACAGCCUGGCCAAUAGCAUGCUUUCCUUGGAGGAUACGGAGUUAGGUUUGAUAGAUGAUACCACUGUCCAUGAUUUGCGAAGAAAGUUGUUGACUGACUUGGAGAAAUUGCUCCCGCCUCCAAUUACAGUACCCGAAAGAAGACUGGAGCAUUUAGUAGAAACUACUCUUACUGCCUGGAUUGAUGCUUGUGUGUAUCAUAGUUCAUCAAGUCCAAUUUCACUUUAUGAGGACCAUUGUUGUAGUCGGGAUCUCAUUCCUACUGAAACCACUCAGAUCUUGACUGGGCAUAAAAAUGAAGUUUGGUUUGUGCAAUUUUCUAAUAAUGGGGAGUACCUUGCCUCUUCAUCGAAUGAUUGUACAGCCAUCAUAUGGAAGGUGCUGGAAGAUGGGAAAUUGAUACUGAAACACACCCUACUAGGUCACCAAAACCCUGUAUCUUUUGUGGCUUGGAGUCCUGAUGAUACUAAGUUGCUAACAUGUGGGAAUGCAGAAGUCUUGAAGCUGUGGGAUAUUGAAACAGGUACUUGCAAGUACACAUUUGGGAGUCAUGGCUUCGUUGUGAGCUCAUGUGCCUGGUUUCCCAACUCAAAGCAUAUUGUAUGUGGCAGCUCCGACCCUGAAAAGGGUAUCUGCAUGUGGGAUUGUGAUGGAAAUGAGCUAAAAGCUUGGAGAGGAGUUAGGAUGCCCAAAGUUCUAGAUCUUGCUGUUACAUCAGAUGGGGAGUACCUUAUCACCAUAUUCAUGGAAAAAGAGAUUCGGAUUUUGCAUAUGGGAACGAAUACAGAGCGAGUCAUCUCAGAGGAGCACCCGAUUACAUCCCUUUCGGUUUCAGGAGAUGGCAAGUUCUUCAUUGUCAAUCUAAACAGCCAGGAGAUUCAUAUGUGGGAUGUGGAUGGGAAAUGGGACAAGCCAUUGAGGUACCAGGGCCAUAAGCAGCACAAAUAUGUGAUAAGGUCAUGUUUUGGUGGAUUGAAUAGCACAUUCAUCGCCAGUGGUAGCGAAAAUUCACAGGUCUACAUUUGGAACCGCAGGAACUCAAAGCCAAUAGAGGUUUUAUCUGGGCACACAAUGACUGUGAAUUGUGUGAGCUGGAACCCUAGAAGACCACAAAUGUUGGCAUCUGCAAGUGAUGACUAUACAAUUCGUAUAUGGGGAUCCAGCUUAUGAAAAAAAGAAUGAAACUUGAGUAGCUUGGUUGAGCAAGGUUGGAUGUGAAUUUUCAAACCUUGGCCCAGUGUAAAUAGAUAGGUUACAUUCUUUUGUCCCCACAGCCUAGUUUUCCCGCAUGAUUUUGUACGUAAAACCCUGAUUUUCCCAUUAAUGUUCGCUUUUCCCAAUUCCCAUUUGUAUCUAAUUUUUGACCGUUUCUUUACACCGUGCAUUUGUCAGCUCCUUAAUAAGGUAACUGAUGGAAUUCGGGGUUUAUUCC